AUGGAAAGCGAACUAAGCGUACCUCCACUUCAUAUUAGAAGACUAUAUCUAGCUUAUAAAUAUGUUUUAAAAGCCAGCUCUUUUUCCAAUAAUGUUACAAUUAAUUCUUUAAAGCAACUUAGCACUCUCUGUGAAACAAGAUAUUGGCAACGCAAGAAAAUCCCACUAUUAGUUAAAUCUUAUAAUAAGACUAAAAUUAUGAAUAUACAAUCAUCCCCUUUUCUCGAAUCAUUUUCGCUUAGCACUUGGUUGUCCCGCAUUGAUAUUGAAAAUAUAUUAUUAAGUAAAUUAGAGUCUGUAAAACAAUCCAAAAAAUUAUAUGAAAAAAAUUCUCUUAAACUAAAUAUUAUUGAAGAACUUGAAAAUAAAUACCACGAUUGGCAUAAAAUCUACACAGAUGGAUCAAAGAGUGCUAAGUUGCAAGGAGCAGCUUUUUUCGACUCAUCUCGAGCAAUUUCUAGAUGUUAUAAAGUUACUAAUGACGUUUGUAUUAUGACCCUUGAACUCAUUGCAAUAUCCGAAGCCCUAAGGUAUGCCGCAAGCUAUAACUGGGACAAAAUUAUUGUAUACUCGGACAGCAAAACUGCUAUCCAACACUUGGCUCGAUCCGCCUCUGGAAUCAGAGGUGUUUCGAUAGCCUAUACCAUACUUUCCCAACUAUAUGAGUUCAGUCUACGCGAUAUCUGUGCAAAAGUGCAAUGGAUUCCAUCACACAUUGGUCUAUUGGGUAAUGAGGAGGCAGAUAGAUUAGCGAAUUCUGCUUGUGUAAAUGGUGUAGAGUAUAAUAUUAACCCCUGUUACUCAGAAGUACUGCCAAAAUUCAGAAAUUUAUGUCAUACCGAAUGGAAAGAGUUUUUCAAUGAACGCUCCAAAACUAAAGGUAUUUGGUACAAAACGAUACAGAGUGAGCCACCCCGAAUACCCUGGUUUAUAGAUACAAAAAUAAAUAGAAAUAUUAUUAAAAUAAUGUUUAGAAUAAGAACAGGUCACAUCCCAUCUAAAAAAUUUUCUUAUCUGAUGAAAAAAACUGAUUCACCUAAUUGUGAAACGUGUGGAGUAAUAGAAGACUUACAUCAUUUUUAA